CCCGCCACCUCGGUUGGAGGUUGGAUUCAGUUGGAUUCGGCGUCAGGCUCCGGGGUCCUGGGGGCUUUUUUCUCCCACGCUCCCCUCUUGGAUUUCCCCCCCAUCUUUUGCUUCUCUUAAGUGUGCAUUAAAAAAAAAUAAAUCCUGAUUUUUGAAGCUGAGCCGGGGAAAAUGGGCAACGGUGAUUGGGACCGAAGGGGAGUCUCUCCGUCACUGUUGCUGGGACGCGUGCCUGUGCUGGUGUCUUAGAGCAAGAGCCUCCCUGAGCUUUCGGAGUGGAAGAACAGUGGAAGAGACUGCAGCCUAAAGACUUUUAUAAUUAACUUGGCAUCACUUUUCUCAGCUCAAAGGCUAAACAAAAAAGCAGUGUCAUUUAUUCUAAGAAAUAACUUCUUAAAGGUUAAAGCUGAAAAAAAUUCGAGUUAUUUUUGGAUAACAACUUACAGAGGCCAAAUGACAUAGGAUGAAGGCUGUUCGUAACCUGCUGAUUUAUAUAUUUUCCACCUAUCUCCUGGUUAUGUUUGGAUUUAAUGCUGCCCAAGACUUCUGGUGUUCAACUUUGGUGAAGGGAGUCAUUUAUGGAUCGUAUUCUGUAAGUGAAAUGUUUCCCAAAAACUUUACAAACUGCACUUGGACGCUGGAAAAUCCAGAUCCAACCAAAUAUAGCAUUUACCUGAAAUUUUCCAAAAAGGACCUUAGCUGCUCUAACUUUUCCCUCUUGGCUUAUCAGUUUGAUCAUUUUUCCCAUGAAAAAAUAAAGGAUCUUUUAAGAAAGAAUCAUUCUAUAAUGCAACUCUGCGAUUCCAAGAAUGCUUUCGUUUUUCUACAGUAUGAUAAAAAUUUUAUUCAAAUACGUCGGGUGUUUCCAACCAAUUUCCCAGGAUUACAGAAAAAAGGGGAAGAAGAUCAGAAAUCCUUUUUUGAGUUUUUGGUAUUGAACAAGGUGAGCCCGAGCCAGUUUGGUUGCCAUGUAUUAUGCACUUGGCUGGAGAGCUGCUUAAAAUCAGAAAAUGGGAGAACAGAAUCAUGUGGGAUUAUGUAUACAAAAUGCACCUGCCCUCAGCAUUUGGGAGAGUGGGGGAUCGACGACCAGUCACUGGUUUUGUUAAAUAACGUGGUGUUACCCCUGAAUGAGCAGACCGAGGGCUGCCUGACCCAGGAGCUGCAAACCACCCAGGUCUGCAAUCUUACCAGGGAGGCCAAGCGACCACCCAAAGAAGAAUUUGGAAUGAUGGGAGAUCAUACAAUUAAAAGUCAGCGACCUCGAUCUGUUCAUGAAAAAAGGGUCCCUCAGGAACAAGCUGAUGCUGCUAAAUUUAUGGCACAAACUGGUGAAUCUGGUGUGGAAGAGUGGUCCCAGUGGAGCACGUGCUCAGUUACUUGUGGUCAAGGGUCGCAGGUGCGAACCAGAACUUGUGUAUCACCUUACGGGACACACUGCAGCGGCCCAUUAAGAGAAUCAAGGGUUUGCAAUAACACUGCCCUCUGUCCAGUACAUGGAGUUUGGGAGGAGUGGUCACCAUGGAGUUUAUGUUCAUUUACAUGUGGUCGAGGCCAAAGAACAAGAACAAGGUCAUGCACACCUCCUCAGUAUGGAGGAAGGCCAUGUGAAGGACCUGAAACACAUCAUAAGCCUUGUAAUAUUGCUCUGUGCCCAGUUGAUGGACAGUGGCAAGAGUGGAGUUCGUGGAGUCAGUGCUCAGUGACAUGCUCGAAUGGGACCCAGCAGAGAAGCCGGCAAUGCACUGCAGCGGCUCAUGGGGGCUCUGAAUGCAGAGGGCCAUGGGCGGAAAGCAGGGAGUGCUAUAACCCUGAGUGCACAGCCAACGGUCAGUGGAAUCAGUGGGGUCAUUGGAGCGGAUGUUCCAAGUCCUGUGAUGGUGGCUGGGAAAGGCGAAUGAGGACGUGUCAAGGUGUAGCAGUAACAGGCCAGCAAUGUGAAGGCACCGGCGAAGAAGUUAGAAGAUGCAGUGAGCAGCGAUGUCCUGCACCUUAUGAAAUAUGCCCAGAGGAUUAUCUGAUGUCGAUGGUGUGGAAAAGGACCCCGGCAGGCGACUUGGCAUUCAAUCAGUGCCCGCUGAAUGCCACAGGCACCACGAGCAGACGCUGCUCUCUCGGUCUUCAUGGAGUGGCCUUCUGGGAACAGCCGAGCUUUGCAAGAUGCAUAUCAAAUGAGUACAGACACUUGCAGCAUUCAAUCAAAGAACACCUUGCUAAGGGGCAACGAAUGUUGGCAGGUGAUGGAAUGUCCCAGGUGACCAAGACAUUGCUGGAUUUAACUCAGAGGAAAAAUUUCUAUGCAGGUGAUCUUCUGAUGUCUGUGGAAAUUCUCAGAAAUGUGACAGACACGUUUAAAAGGGCAAGUUACAUCCCUGCAUCUGAUGGUGUCCAGAACUUCUUUCAAAUAGUUAGCAACCUUCUAGAUGAAGAAAACAAGGAAAAAUGGGAGGAUGCCCAACAGAUUUAUCCUGGCUCAAUAGAGUUAAUGCAGGUGAUUGAAGAUUUUAUACACAUUGUUGGAAUGGGGAUGAUGGACUUUCAGAAUUCAUACUUAAUGACUGGAAAUGUAGUGGCUAGCAUUCAGAAGCUUCCUGCAGCCUCCGUUCUAACCGACAUCAACUUCCCAAUGAAAGGACGAAAGGGAAUGGUUGACUGGGCAAGAAACUCAGAAGAUAGGGUAGUCAUCCCAAAAAGCAUUUUUACUCCUGUGUCAUCAAAAGAGUUAGAUGAAUCAUUGGUAUUUGUUCUUGGAGCAGUCCUGUACAAAAACUUAGAUCUAAUUUUGCCCACUUUGAGAAAUUACACUGUCGUUAAUUCCAAAAUCAUCGUGGUCACAAUAAGGCCUGAACCCAAAACAACUGAUUCGUUCCUGGAGAUAGAACUAGCUCAUCUGGCUAAUGGUACUUUGAAUCCCUAUUGUGUGUUAUGGGAUGACUCAAAAACGAACGAGUCUUUGGGAACGUGGUCCACCCAGGGAUGUAAAACUGUGCUUACCGAUGCAUCCCAUACGAAAUGCUUAUGUGAUCGUCUCUCUACCUUCGCCAUUUUGGCUCAGCAACCUAGAGAAAUAAUCAUGGAAUCCUCUGGUACACCUUCAGUUACCCUAAUAGUAGGCAGUGGCCUUUCUUGCUUGGCCUUGAUCACCCUCGCAGUUGUCUAUGCAGCAUUAUGGAGGUACAUACGCUCUGAGAGGUCUAUAAUUCUAAUUAACUUCUGCCUGUCUAUCAUCUCAUCCAACAUCCUCAUACUGGUUGGACAGACUCAGACACAUAAUAAGAGCAUCUGUACAACCACCACUGCAUUUUUGCACUUUUUCUUCCUGGCUUCAUUCUGUUGGGUUUUGACUGAGGCGUGGCAGUCAUAUAUGGCUGUAACUGGAAAAAUUAGGACACGGCUUAUAAGGAAACGUUUUUUGUGCCUUGGAUGGGGUUUACCAGCAUUAGUAGUGGCCACAUCAGUAGGCUUCACAAGGACGAAAGGAUAUGGCACUGACCACUACUGCUGGCUCUCUCUUGAAGGAGGACUGCUCUACGCUUUUGUUGGACCUGCAGCCGCUGUUGUCCUGGUCAACAUGGUGAUUGGCAUUUUGGUAUUUAAUAAACUUGUUUCCAGAGAUGGGAUCCUAGAUAAAAAGCUCAAACACAGAGCCGGUCAGAUGAGUGAGCCUCAUAGCGGUUUGACGCUCAAAUGUGCCAAGUGUGGAGUAGUUUCGACAACAGCUUUGUCAGCCACCACCGCCAGUAACGCCAUGGCGUCUCUUUGGAGUUCCUGCGUGGUGUUGCCCCUUCUGGCUCUGACAUGGAUGUCUGCAGUUCUAGCCAUGACAGACAAACGCUCCAUAUUGUUCCAAAUACUUUUUGCCGUGUUUGAUUCAUUGCAAGGUUUUGUGAUAGUCAUGGUCCACUGCAUUCUUCGGAGAGAGGUUCAGGAUGCAUUUAGAUGCCGAUUGAGAAACUGUCAGGAUCCGAUCAAUGCUGAUUCUUCAAGUUCUUUUCCUAAUGGGCAUGCUCAAAUAAUGACAGACUUUGAAAAGGAUGUAGACAUUGCUUGCCGAUCAGUUCUUCAUAAGGAUAUCGGUCCUUGCCGAGCAGCAACAAUAACAGGAACGCUCUCUAGGAUUUCUCUAAAUGAUGACGAAGAAGAGAAGGGAACAAACCCUGAAGGGCUAAGCUAUUCCACACUCCCUGGAAACGUCAUUUCCAAAGUCAUUAUCCAGCAACCCACGGGUAUGCACAUGCCCAUGAGUAUGAAUGAGCUGGGCAAUCAGUGUUUGAAAAAAGAGAACAGUGAAUUGCGAAGAACUGUGUACUUAUGUACAGAUGACAAUUUGAGAGGAGCUGAUAUGGACAUGGUCCAUCCUCAAGAAAGAAUGAUGGAAAGUGACUAUAUUGUGAUGCCCAGAAGUUCUGUAAAUACCCAGCCAUCAAUGAAAGAAGAAAGCAAAAUGAAUAUUGGUAUGGAAACCUUGCCACAUGAAAGGUUAUUGCACUACAAAGUGAAUCCCGAAUUCAACAUGAAUCCCCCUGUAAUGGACCAGUUCAGUAUGAACUUAGAUCAACACCUUGCACCCCAGGAACAUAUGCAGAAUUUGCCCUUUGAGCCUCGCACAGCUGUGAAGAAUUUCAUGGCCUCUGAGUUGGAUGAUAAUGCAGGACUAUCAAGAAGUGAAACUGGGUCAACGAUAUCAAUGAGUUCAUUAGAGAGAAGAAAAUCACGAUAUUCAGACCUUGACUUUGAGAAGGUCAUGCAUACAAGGAAGAGGCAUAUGGAACUGUUUCAGGAGCUGAAUCAGAAAUUUCAAACUUUGGACAGAUUUCGGGAUAUACCAAAUACAAGCAGUAUGGAAAACCCAGCACCAAACAAGAAUCCAUGGGACACUUUCAAAAACCCCAGUGAAUACCAACAUUACACCACAAUCAAUGUCUUAGAUACAGAGGCAAAGGACGCUUUGGAACUGAGGCCAGCAGAGUGGGAGAAGUGUCUGAAUUUGCCUCUGGAUGUGCAAGAGGGUGACUUUCAAACAGAAGUUUAGCAAAAUCAAAAUGGACUGAGGUGGAUAUAAAACAAUUUAUUGCACUGACACUUAAGACUUGGGAAGCCUGACAUUUCUAUCUGGACCGUGUGACUAUCCUAUGUCAGGAACUUCAUGUGCCAAAUGUCAGUGGUGUUUGCAUAUGGUAACUUCUCACUAGUCAGGCUAGUGGAGAGAGGACCAGGUGUACAGUUCUGACCAUCCUGUGUUGUAAGUACCCGUGGAAUGGAUUUGUAAGGUAAUCUUUAUAGAUAAACCUCAAGCAACGAUUCAUGUUGUAACCGCUUCAUAUGGUUUAGUUUUCAAAAAACUUCACCAUGAAGCACAAUGUAUAUAUUUAUGCAGUUUUUAAAGUUUAUAACAGUCUGUUUGGCCAUUACUACACUUUUUACUUUAUAAUAUAAAAGCAAAGUUUUUGUCAUUAAAUGA